UAGGAAUAGCUGCGGAGUACUUGACUGAGUACAGCUGGGUUUGAAGGGGGAAACAGCAGCUGUUUCAUGGAACCCUUAUAAAUAACCGCAUCACAUUAAAGGUUGUUCAGAUUCUCUUCAGGAUGCACAGCCAGUACUGAGCUAAUUAAGGGGCUGGCAGGGCAGCGAAGAGGAGCAGGAGGCAUCAUGGGAGACGGCGGGCCCCUGCACACGGAGGGAAACGCGCUCCUGAAAGCGGUCUUCCAGGGCAAGCUCCGACUGACCCGCCUGCUGCUGGAGGGCGGAGCCUACAUCAACGAGGGCAACGAGCGAGGGGAGACGCCCGUCGUCGCCGCUUGUUUGGCCGGGUAUGAGGACCCCCACAGCCGACAGAAGAUGGUCCGCUACCUCCUGGAGAAAGGGGCCGACCCCAAUAUCCCGGACAAGUCUGGCCGUACAGCACUGAUGCACGCUUGCGCCGGGCAAGCCGGUAAGGAGGUGGUGUCCCUACUCCUGGAGUAUGGUGCAGACCCCAGCCUUAAGGACUACUCAGGGUCCUCUGCUCUAGUGCACGCCAUCAACAAGGGUGAUCGUGAUACACUGCAGAUCCUGCUGGACGCCUGCAAAGCCAAGGGCAAGGAAGUUAUUAUAAUCACCACAGACACAUCCCCCUCAGGCACCAAGAAGACUAAGCAGUACCUCAACUCACCCCCGUCGCCAGGAGUGGUCGACAAACUUUCCCCCGUCUCCUGCAUGUCACCCUCUGAGGUGGAAAUACGUACCUCCACCACCCCGUCCGGCGAGAAGGAGGAGGAAGAAGGUAUAUUCAGUUUUGCGCUCACAUCAGCCUUACCUCUGCCAUCCUCCAGGCCUCCUGGGGAGAAGAGGGCCCCGACUCGCAAGCUCCUGAAGAGGCUCAACUCGGAGCCCUGGGGGCUGGUGGCUCCUUCGGUGCUGAGCGGGGCCAACCAAGACCGAGGGGAUGGAGAACUGGAGGAGGAGGAGAAGGUCAUCUCUGAGAUGAACGGCCUGUCCAUCUCAGGCCCCGGCAGACCCCUCCUGUCCCGCAGGCACAGCAUCGAGACACACGACCCUUGCUCACCGAAACUCAUUGAUCGCUCUUGCUCGGAGGACUGUGCAAUGCUCUGCAGCUCCUCCUGGGCUGACAAGGUGCAGCAGCACCAGAUGUUGUACCGCAGGAACACUGCGCCUGAAUCUCAGGAGACUGCUGCCCCAGCUACGGUGGCCGUUCGUGCCCUGGCCCACCCAAAACUGACUCGCAUGGACCACUAUGAGUCAGACACACAUCUAUGUCCCGAGUCAAUCCCUGGGUCUCCAGACUCUGGACGAGUAUCGGUAGAGCGCCGCAAGUACAACGCCUCCCCCCUCUCCUUGCUCACCAGCUCCUCAAGGGAGUCCCUGGAGAGUAUCCCCAACUCUGUCUCACCUAUCACAAUGCGACGUCGUCCCCCUGGGCUACUGGAAAGAAGGGGGUCUGGCACCCUCCUUCUAGAUCACAUUUCCCAGACAAGGCCCGGUUUCCUGCCCCCGCUCAACGUAAACCCCCAGCGGCCCAUCCCUGACAUCCGAGCCAACGGCAAGCCCACGUCUCCAGUCCAUUCCAGCCACAAGAUCUUGGUGCCAGUGGCGCCCACGUCCCCGAAACGUGGCCCCGACUUCAAGCUGAAGAAGAAGCUGAUGAGGAGGCACUCCAUGCAAACGGAGCAGAUGAAGCAACUGUCCACCUUCCAGGAGAUCCUGGCAGAGAAGGUGAUUGAGUUUACUGGUGACUGAGACCUGCAUGGGCUGGAUGCUGGGGAGGGAGUGGGAGCAAGAGACUGACAUGUUGGCAGUGGGCAGUGGGGAUGAAGUCAAGAGGGUCAAGUUCCCUUUCAUUGCAGCUAUUUAGAAACCAUUUUUCCAUUCUGAAUUUAAUUCAAUGCCUCUUGAUCUCUCCUCUCCAGAGAAGACAUGCCUCAUACGUGUUCAAUACGGAUGCUUUGCUUAUUUCAGUUUGGGUGACCUAGUUUGCUUGCCUGGUUGUUUCCUUUUUUAGUGCAAUGCAGAGCUGGAGAAUCCCAUUAAUCAUGCAGCUGGUUUGAAUGCAAAUUUUCUAUUAAUAUUUCUUUUUGUUUCUUUUUUAGAAGGUGAUUUAGUCAUAUCUAGCUCAUGUUUAAAGGACAAAUUCAGAAUUGUCUUGCUUUUUUCUCUAGAUUAUAAAUAAUUGCCCCAUAGUCUGUUGUAUGCAUGUAACUUUAUAGAUUUUAAGAAAGCAUAGCAACCGUUUUUAGGUGAGGUGCAAUGAGAAACAAAUGCUAAACAAAAAAUGCACUGUAGUGGUCCAUUAUCAAGUUUUUGUUAUUAAUUGAAGACCAAUUAUUCAUAUGC